CUCACUGCACCACCAGCCCGCACGUCGGUCUUUUGCCCACCUAUCCCCGUCUUCACCGCACUCGGUUGACAGUCAGGUCGCCCCGCGACGCAAGUCUCCGCGACAAUGGACGAAGACCCGCUUCCCUCGUUGUCGCACGCGACCCGGGCCACCACCACCCCAAAUUCGCCUUUCCUUGACCCGCGCUUUCACGCGCUCAAAUCCAGCAGCCCUCCGCCGCUCUUCUCGGAGAACGACUCACUCGACACUGCCGACGUGACCAACUACGAGUCACCGCGGGAGAAGCGGAAGCGCGCCGGCACGUGGUGGCAGACCGGUCCCAAAGCGCCCAAGAGGAGGCAAUUCAACCGCAACUUCGACUCCGGCGUCUACAUGAUGAGCGACGACUCUCAAGUGUCUGCGCCUGCAAGCUCCGUUCUAUCUCAUCUCGGUUUCGACGGCACUUCCGACAUACGCUCGGAUCCUCCACUGGCGCCGUGGCACUCAGACAAUCAGGACGAGGGCAUUGAGCACUCGACCGGACCCUCAAGCGAGCGGACGGCCGAAGCCAGGAGCGUGGUCGAAGAGCAACUUUGUGAGGCCUUGCAGCAUCACCUCGACUCAAACGCGACUUACUUUAGCUUCUCCUUUGGCCUCCAAGACAAUGAACUGCACCAUCUUCGUCAGCUUAAUCAGAUCAUUCAUCUUCCUCCAGGUGACGACAUCGAGGUUCCUACCGAAGGACAGUACCGUUCCAUGAUCCCCGAAAUCCAUCUGAACCUGUCUUUCAACAAGCUUCGCUAUCUUGCGCCUACCUUGUUUCAGCUUCAACACCUUACUACCCUCACCUUGCGCAACAACUGCAUCGAGUCUGUUCCGCCUCAGAUCAAAGAACUCACCAGCCUACAAACACUCGACCUUUGCCACAACUCGAUACGUGAGCUUCCUUGCGAACUACUCGCGCUCUGCGCAAUGUCAGGACCAGGCCGCUUGACACGCUUGGAGCUGGCAGGGAACCCAAUAUAUGAGUUCGAUGACAACAGGCUUAGUUCCAUGCUCUUGUUGCGCCAGAUGGUGACCGUGGAGAUGACGGAGAACUACAUGUAUAAUGCCUCUGGUCAACGCCGAACUGUGCCAGACACGAGGAACUAUAUACGGGGACAUACCGACAUGGAUUGGAGUGCGUUUGAAGAUCACCAUCUCUACACUCCUCCGCCCGUGCACGGAAGCAUUAGCAAUCCCAACGACUUCAACGAUAAGCUCUUCCUGGUUUGUCGGACCGCCGCUUCCUAUUACGACCGAACGGGUUGGCUCUUGAAGAACUCUCCCAUUCUCCCGACACAGCAAGAACCGGGCUCCAGCUACGGGCAACCCUCCUGUCUGACGCACAAUCCGCCCGCCACCGGCAGCGCUCCUGAAGUCUGGUUCGAUCGACCUUCUUCGUCCAAAGUGCCUUCACUGGCCACACUCUCCCUUCUCAAGGCGUACAAGACCGAGCCAGACUGCGUGCGUGAAGAGAUCGAGUAUUGCAACGACGGCAUCAUACCUCCGCAAGUUGAAGGUGUUAUCGCAAAGGCACAAGAAAACGAGAUGUUGAUGUACAAGCCGCUCCGCAGCUGCCAUUGCUGUGGCAAGGACUACAUCGUGCCAAGGGCCGAAUGGAUUGAGGGAUGGUACUUCCAACACCAGGUUGUCCCGAUCAGGGUGGCGGUAUGUUCUUGGGCUUGCGUUCCAGACGUCAUUGCGAAGAGGCCAGAGCUACUGCGGCUCAGCCAAUACUGGGGAGGGGGUCGAGGAGGACUGCCUGAGCUGCCUUCGGUUGCGCAUGGUCCGCGUAGUCCCUAUAUGUAGAACGGAUCUUCUUCCAAGUAGGGUAUUGAUACCUGCAUAGGGGUUCGGGUCGUCCGCCACCAGGAUAUUUCCUUGUCCGGGCAAGAUGUGCGCAACCUGCCAGCAGUUGUCAGGCAAUUGGAAGGGCAUGUCAGGAUAUCGAUCGGCUUCGUGCAGUUUUCUUGACCAACUCGCACCAUCCAUUGGAUCCAUCUCAUGGUCCUUUAUGUAACAGUCAUCAGAAUUAAGGCACACGAAUACAUGCACCCUU